AUGAUCUUUUCUAAAGGGAACUUCUCAGUUUCAGAAAUUCUCAAAAAGGCAUCUCAGGACUUCGAUCUUUGUAUGGCGAAUUUCACAGAAAUAUGUACUUCCCAGCAGUGGUUACCUUCGGCCUCCGGUUACGUUAAAAUUAACGCGGAUGCAGCAUUUAUUCCCAACAAUGGAGCUGCAGGGGUAGUAGCUCGUGAUCAUAACGGUAAUUUUCGGGGCUGUGCUUCAUCAAAACUUAUUGCAACAUCUCCCUUGUUGUCAGAGGCAAUGGAUUGUAACUUGGGAAUGCAGUUAGGUAAUAGAUUAAACUUUCAUAAGCUGGUGAUUGAAGGCGAUGGAGCAAAUUUUACUGCAGCUGUUCUAGGUGAUACAAGGGAUAUCCCAUGGAGUAUCCGUUCGGAAAUCUUAAAAACUAAGGAUGCUGUGAACUUAUUUGAUGAUGUGAAGUUUCAACAUGUUCCUAAAAAUGUAAACUUUUUGGCACACUCCUUAUGCCAAUAUGGGAUGCAUAACAAUGUAAAUAGCUGGUGGGAUGAAAAUUGGGCUCUUUAA